CCGACAUGUCGUACGUUCCUGGCACGCCGUCCGCACGCGCCGUUGAGCUCAACCGCCGGGCCAUCGACGUGGCCCUCCAGGCGGUGGCUGCCAACCCACAGUCAGCGAUUGGCCAUGUGGCGUGCUGUGUGAGCCGUGGCCGGCUAGCGCUCCACCUGGACAACCGCACCAAGGUUCAGCUGGCGCGGCAGGCGCAGGACGACGUACGCACGGCAUUGAAUUUGGAGCCAGACAAUGACGUGGCGCACCACCUGCUGGGGCGAUGGAACUACGAGAUGGCUAGCGUCAACGCGGUCGUCCGUACCAUCAUCCAGAUGCUGUACGGCACCUCCCUCAUGGCCGGCAGCUACCGGGACGCGGCUGCGUGCUACGAAACUGCCGUACGGCUUCGCCCCGAGUACCUGAUCCAUCGGGUUGAGCUGGGCCGUACAUACUGGAAGCUGGGGCAGCUGCAGGCGGCGGAACGGGAGCUGGAGACGGCCAUGGGUCUGGACGUGCCGGACAUCAAUGCGUUGCUGCAAAAGGAGGACGCCAAAACGAUGCUUGCACGGCUGAAGGGCGGCCGCCCGGGAAGCGUGUAACUCGCAGCCAGCAGCGGAUGCUGCUUGGGUGACCCUGGCUGAAAUCACCAAAAUCGGAUCCUGUAGUACAACUAUAGGGAGAUGUCAUGGAUUGUUACCGUUUCUGGGUCGGGUUGGAUUGACCUAACUGUUCGUCUGGACCAUUCAUACCAGCCAUAUGAGGUACAUGGGACGCGACUAUGACCUCUUGGACCUCCCUGUGACCCGGAUUAUGAGUGUUUAUGGUACAGCAGCAGUGCGACAAGGCGGCACUGGUAGUAGCGCCGACGGCUUCUCUCGUCCUGGCGGCGUAAUGCUGCAUGUGGACUGCAAGGGGUACAAUAGAAGAGUGGGAUCCUCCUCACAGAGGCGUAUGUGAGAAGAGGGCUUCCUUCCUUGUCUUGUCCGGAGCCCUGGGUUGCUCUAUAGCUACAGUGCUGAAUGGGGCUAUGGUCCUUUUGUCUGCUGUGUAGUUGGGGUGUUGUUAUGGGGCGACUCAGCUGGGGUAUGAAGACCAACAGAGCGAGUGCGUGUGUGGGUAUGACUGGAGAGCUAGGCUUGCGUAGAAGCGUUAUGAUGACAUGAUUAGUAGGUUUGAGAUGUAAGGAUGAGCGUGAGAUUUUGGUCUGAGAUAUUUAUAUCCAUAAUGCGGACGAGAGCAGGAGGACGUUGUACUACGUACGGUGUACAGCCUGCAUGGGCGUUUCCAUCCUUAGGUUAGGCUCGCAGCGUUGCGUGUGUGUUUAAGUUAUGGAAUGUGGUAGAAGAAGGACAUCAAGUGAGCUUGUGCCCAAAAGAGAGAGAUCAGUGCACGAGGAUACUGGGUUUUAUCUUCUCCACUCGUAUUUCGUAUGCCGUGGCGGUAAUUGAUUUGCUGUUGGAGUGCAGCUUGCUACCAGGAGGGCGGCUCACUAGCGUAGCUGAACACGCCGCGAUAAGAGCCUGGCGGCAUUUCCGGGUUGGUGGAGGCAUGCAUGGGGCGGGCUUGCGCCGGUUGCUAUGCGAACGAAGCCGUCGAAGGUGCUUAGGAGGCUUCUGGUGGACUGGUGAGAUUACCGUGCGUUCCGUGUUGGUUAAGAGGUGAAGAUCGUCUCGUCGAGUACUUUUUACAUUGAACUUGUGUGCUUAUGAAGAAACCCGAGAGUGAGCUCUGUAUUGCGUGUAUAUUAUGAGUACCUACCGUAUUCUUAACAGCCACACCACUCAUCAUCAUUCGAAUUGUCAUACUGUUUGAUGUUGGGAUAUGGGCGGCGCAUCUAUUUCACCAUAUGUACUGAUGCCGGAUUCGGCUGUAAGAUAGCGCAUGCGCG